AUGAGGACCGCCGGCGUGGACGUGGAAGGAUUAAGGAAGUACGAGUGCGGCGCCUGCUCCACGAAGUUCAAACUGUAUCGAGACCUGGUGUGCCACCUUUUCUGGCGACACGGCACAGAGAGCCUGAGCUGUAGCAGAUGCCCGGUGCGGAGGUGGCAGUACGCGCUCCACAUAUGCAACGUUCUGCCGUACGAUGACAUCGUGUACGGCGACGAACCUGACGCCGAUGUGGAGAAUGCCGCCUCCGGCUCCAGCUCCAGCUCAAGCUCAGGCUCUGUAUCAGAACAGCCGCGGGACAGUAUCUACUGCUCCUGCGGCAAGGAGAUCCCCGGCGCCUAUAUGAUCGGGUGCGAUGGUGACCACUGCGCGUACCAGUGGUACCAUUACACCUGCGUGGGUAUAACCGAGGCGCCGGAGGGGAAAUGGUUCUGUCCGACGUGCGCCGGCUGA